GGGGAUGAUAAAGGAGAGCAAGUAUAGCUUCCGAAAUGGUUGCUUCUCUCUUUUUCUUAUAUGGUUUGUCCUGUAGCGACCCAUCUUUGUCUCUCUCUCUCUUUCAUUUGCCUCGAGACAGAGCAGAGACCGAAAGAACCACCAACAACGGAACACCCUCUUUAGCCACCGUCCAAACCUAUCAUCACUACCACUCAAUACUUAUCAUUCAUUGUCAUUCCCAACAACAAAUCCCUAAUCCUCAUUUUACCUCUUUUCUCUUACCUUCAUAACAUAACCCCAAACCCAAACCCUAGCCCCUCUUUUCUUUUCUUUUCAAUUCUACUCUUCCUUUUUCAUUCCAUCACCGUUUCCGUCGUUUUCUUUUUCUCUUUCUCUUUCCAAUUUCAAAUUUUUGCAAUUUUUUUAUAUGAAUUAGAGUUAGGGUUAAGGAAUUGACGCUUAUGGAAGGGAACGGCGACAUGUUUAGAGCUUCGUCUCCGGGGGUGGGACCCUCCACGUCAUCAUCGUCGUUGUCGUCGGCUUCUAGAAGAUACGGAAUAUUGUCGGCGUCUAACAUUAUUCAGGCGCCUUUAUCGGUGUUGUUGGAAUAUUCCGGUAUUCUUCCGUCACGGUCAAAUCACCACAGCCAAGCUAACCCUGACGCCGUUGACAAUGAUGGCGAGGUUUCGAUUAGGAUCAUUGGACCAACGGAACAUGAGCAUCAGAGGGAGGAACAGUCUCCUCCUGGUGGCGGUUUGGUGGUGGGGCUUUCUCAUUCUCAGAAUGAGGCCGGGUUGCCGUCUUCGCCCCCUCGCGGCGACGUUGAGGGCGUUUCGCAGGCUGUAAAUGGGGGCGGGAAUGGGGCGGCCGAUGCUGAAGCUGCCGCGGGUGGUGGAGACGGUGUUGGGCCGAAUGGGAGGGAUUCUUCUUACCAGAGAUAUGAUAUUCAACAUGCUGCUAGGUGGAUUGAGCAGGUCUUGCCCUUUUCCUUGCUUCUCUUGGUGGUUUUCAUCAGGCAGCAUUUGCAAGGGUUUUUUGUUACGAUUUGGAUUGCUGCUGUUCUUUUCAAAUCAAACGAUAUUCUACGGAAACAGACGGCGCUGAAGGGAGAGAGGAAAAUACCUGUUUUGAUUGGAAUUUCUGUUAUGUUUGCGCUUCAUGUGGUUGGUGUUUAUUGGUGGUAUCAGAAUGAUGAUAUCAUGUAUCCCUUGAUCAUGCUUCCUCCCAAAGAUAUACCACCUUUCUGGCAUGCUAUUUUCAUCAUCAUGGUGAAUGAUACUUUGGUCCGCCAAGCUGCAAUGGUAUUCAAGUGUAUGUUGUUGAUGUAUUACAAGAAUAGCAGAGGUCGAAAUUAUCGUAAGCAGGGUCAAAUGCUGACUUUAGUUGAAUACCUCCUCCUGCUUUACCGAGCCUUGUUGCCAACCCCAGUUUGGUAUCGUUUCUUCCUGAACAAAGAAUAUGGGAGCCUCUUUUCAUCACUGAUGACAGGAUUGUAUCUAACAUUUAAACUCACAUCUGUUGUUGAAAAGGUGCAAUCCUUCUUUGCUGCAGUGAAGGCAUUGUCACGUAAAGAAGUGCACUAUGGAGCUUAUGCAACAUCUGAGCAGGUCAAUGCAGCUGGUGAUCUUUGUGCUAUUUGUCAGGAGAAGAUGCAUGCUCCAAUCUUACUACGUUGUAAACACAUUUUUUGUGAAGAUUGUGUAUCAGAGUGGUUUGAGAGAGAAAGGACUUGCCCAUUGUGCAGGGCUUUGGUAAAACCCGCAGACCUCAGAUCAUUUGGGGAUGGCUCUACUAGCUUGUUUUUCCAGUUAUUCUGAAAUCAUAUAUAAAUACAACCGAGGAAGUUUUUGUUUUUUCUUUUUUGCUUUGAA